AUGUCCAUCGAAAACCUUAAGACCUUCGACCCCUUCGCCGAAGCUGACGAAGACACCGGCGAGACUAAGCAGUCUCAGAAUUACAUACAUAUACGAAUCCAACAGCGUAAUGGCCGAAAGACCUUGACCACCGUUCAGGGUCUCCCUAAGAAGUUCGAUCAGAAGAAGAUCUUGAAAGUGAUCAAGAAGAAGUUUGCCUGCAAUGGCACCAUCGUUCACGACUCGGAGAUGGGCGAGGUGAUCCAGCUCCAAGGGGAUCAGCGGAAGGAUGUUCAGGAGUUCUUGACCGAUAAGAAAGAAGGUCUUGAGCUGGAUGCCAAGACCAUCAAGGUCCACGGCUUUUAG